AUUCAGCCGGACUCGCGUUUAGUCCGGACUUCAGCUCUGUUCUGAGUGUGUUUGCGGGAUGUGAGCUGCGCUGAGUGGCGCAGCAGGGACGGACAGCAGAAUGUAAAGUUUAUUAUUACACAGAUUUAACCCUCAGACUGACCGCAUCACAGCAGCAGGAUGAUCCCUCCGCUGAACAUUAACAUGAACCUGGAGCAGAACGAAGAGGAGAAACAAGUGCCGGAGCAGCUCGAACCUACACCUCCACAACCACCACCACCUCCACCACUACCUCCACUGUCUCCUACAUCCUCCAACCAGCACGAGUCCAAGCUGCAGAAGUUGAAGCGCUCGCUGUCCUUCAGGACCAAGAGCCUCCGCAGCAAAAGCGCCGACAACUUCUUCCAGCGUCCGAGCACCGAGGUCAGUAACAGCUGCAGCACGGGUCAGCUCAGCACCGUGGGCGUGUCCUCGCCGGCCCCGCCCGCGUCCUGCGCCUCGCCGCCUCCUACGCCCGCCCCGCCUCUGUCCCCCCCUCCCCUGGGCCCGGGCGGGAUGCCCCUGACCAUCUGCUCGCCGUCGCGGGCGCCGCGUCCGCCCGACCCCACGGCUCACACGUUCCUGGAGCACACGUUCAAGAAGCCGCACUUCUGCGACAUCUGCCAUCACAUGAUCGUAGGCCCCAACACCAAGCUGGGACUGAGAUGUAAAGCCUGUAAGAUGGGAAUCCAUCACAAGUGCCUGAACAACGUGGGCCAGCAUAGGUGCAUGGGCAAACUGCCUAAAGGUUUCAGGAGGUACUCCAGCUCCCCGCUGCUGAUCCAGGAGCAGUUCGGCUGUAUUAAAGAGGUCAUGCCCAUCGCCUGCGGCAGUAAGGUGGACCCGGUGUACGAGACGCUGCGGUUCGGGACGUCGCUCGCCCAGAAGACCAAGAGAGCCAGCGGUUCUGAGUCGCCGCCCAGAAAUUCGACCAGUGAUCUUGCUCAGGUACCAGAAGAGGCAGCAGCUCAAGCCAGCUGGGCUCAGCUCACACGCCAACACAGCGACGACGUCUUCACCUCGAUGGAAAACGGAACAGAACCCUUCCACGCAGAAGACACAGAGAAGACACCAGAGGACCUAGCGACGGAUGAAGAGCUGCAGAAGGACUUCCUGAUCCUCAACACCUACGUAGCUUUGUACAAAUUCACCCCACAGGAGAGUCAUGACCUGGAAAUGAGACCCGGUGAUCGGAUCAUCGUGCUGGACGACACCAACGAGGACUGGUGGAAGGGUAUAAUCGAUGACAGGAUUGGCUUUUUCCCAGCAUCCUAUGCGCACCAGGUGAAAGAGGGUGAGCGAGUGUUUCAGUGCAACCGGACGUUCAUCGGCUGUAAGGAGCAGGGCCAGAUCACGCUAAAGGAGGGUCAGAUCUGUGUGAGCGGCGAGGACGAGAGGAACGGCUUCAUCUUGGUCCUCAGCGGUAAGAAGAGAGGCUUCGUCCCCUGUGACGUCCUGGAGAACGUCUGAGAGCUCAGAGAACCAGAGUGCUCCGAACAAACAAACAAACGAGCUGCUCCGGCCACUCGAGGCGUGAUGGGUAACCGUGAUGACACACGGACGUGACGCCCUGAUGUGGGCGGAGUUUUCUCUUCUGAAGUCUGUAGCCUUGAUUUUAGAGACUUGAUGUAGAGCCGCUGAUGAACAGAUGUUACAGGUCUGCGCUAACAGCUCUGUCAUGCUAACGUUACAUUUAAAAGUAUUAUUUAGCAGCGACUUCAGUAUGAGGCAGGAGGCCUCGUGUAGUCCGGGACAGUCGGGGUCUAUAACGAGGUUACGUCUGGGGAAAGUCGUGGCAAAAAUUUGCUUCGAAUGGCACAAAAAACGAGUGUUACUGCGUCCACAGACUUGUGGGUAGCUCUUGACAAGCUGUUUUUCUUUCUUUACAUAAUUUUUUCUUAAUUUGCUGAGCUUUUGCCGUGCUCUUUUUAUUUGCAUAUAUUUAGUUUUCCUUGUUUCUCAUUGUUUUUACCUGAUUGCGUUAUGCGUCCUCUCCACUGGUGCUGACCCGCGCCCCGAUUGAGGAGAGCGAACUGACACGCCCCCUCCGACACGUGUGCAGCACCGACUGCAUCUUUUCACCUGCACGGGGCGAGUUCAUAUGCGGAUCGGCUUUGUGUACGGAGAGCCGCACCCCGAUCAGCAUUAUUCCUCGACCCUGUGCGGAGGUCGUAAUCGCAUCAGUGAUGAGGAGUCCCUGUCGGGCUCUUCCCUCUCUGUAUUAACAACAAGCCAAUCGGUGUUCAUGUAGCCGCCCGGCCGGAUGGCGGAGCUGACCUUCGAACCGACGAGUUCGAAAUAUCGGCUCUGGUGUGCUAGCGUGUUUUACCGCUGCGCCACCUGAGCGGCUUCGUUUGUAGCUUUCGACGUGCUGGUUUUUUCCUCUUCCGGUUGCUUCCAGUAGCUAGGCUGGUUCGCCCCUCACCGCCCCGCCCCAUCCUCGGAGAUCAGCCAAUCAUGUCUGCGCAGAGGCACCGUAGUGAUUCGAACCCUGGAUCCCCAGGUCUCAGCAGUUUUGCCACCCAAGCACCAUUUUUGUACUAACAGUAAAACAACUUACUAUAAAUAGGUUGUAUUUAUUUACUGUUAUUUUAUAUUUGCUUUAUACUUUUGUAUAAGGCGGAGAGUCCUUGGUCCCAGUAUAAACAACCAGGCCCGACCUCCUCUAGGCUCACUGAGGCCCCCUGGUGGGCACUAUGAGAUCAGUACCGGCUUCCUAACUAUAAAGAAGGAGGUUUAUACACAGCAGCACAAAGUCUGAGUCUAAGAAAUGUAGUCAGUAAGGUCGUAAUAAAACAGUGUAGAAUCUCCUAAAGCGACGUUUGGUUUUAAUUUUUAUUUAGUGAGUUAAUAGUUGGUCACACAAAUGUUUUAGUUAGGAAUCAGAUCAACGUUUGCUGUUAUUUUAUUUUUUAUAUUUAUUUCUUGAGCAGGUUUGGCACCAAACAUGGAGAGUAAAGGCAUUAAUAGUUUUAAUGGGUUAUUCUUUAUUUAAUAAGAUAUUUUUUAUUCAUUUAUGAUAUUUUAAGUCUGUAGUUUUAAUUAUUCAUUUAGUUGAAAUCUGUACAAUUAUAUGAAUUAAUUCAGCCCCCCCAGUACAUCCAGUAGUUCAGUCAAAAUGCUCAGAUUGCUAAAAUAAAUAAUCUAACAGUGGAUAGUUCAUGUGUUUUAUGUGAACAAAUUUAUUUUAUCCUGUAACUCUGUGCAUAAAUAUUUUAUUUCUUUUUGAUUUUUAAGCUUUUAGCUCAUAGACACAGUAGAAAUUGAUGUAAAUAAUGUUUUAUG